CUAAGAGGUUCAAUUCAUUGAACAAGGCAAAGGGAGAUCAAUCCUUCUUCGCUACUUCAACUCUUGUGACUCACGAGACUCUCAUCUCACCAAAACAAAGGCAUCACAAGACUCACAAGAACCAGAAGAAGAGGGAUUAAUGGAUUCAACAAGGACAGGCAGUGCAACAAAGAAAAAAAGUAGUGACCGACAGGUGGUAGACGGUUCCAAUAUAAUGGAGUUGGUUGGGAAUGAGGAGGAGUUUACCAGCUUUGUUGAUCAUAAGUUCCACGCACAUGAUACAGACAAAGAUGGUCAGCUCUCUGUGAAAGAACUUCAACCUGCUGUUGCCGAUAUCGGUGCUGCCCCUGGCUUGCCUGCUCAGGGUUUUCCUCCUGAUUCCCAUCAUAUCUACUCUGAGGUUUUGAAAGAGUUUGCUCAUGGCAAACAAGAGAAGGUGAGUAAGACUGAGUUCAAAGAGGUUCUCUCCGAUAUUUUACGAGGCAUGACAGCUGGCUUGGAACGACACCCUACAGUCAUCCUCCGUAUUGACGGAGAAGACCUGCAAGAGUUCAUCAAUAUCCCUACCUAUGAAACAGAGAUGGUCUCCAUAUUCUCUCAAAUUGACCCAGCUGAUUCAUCACUACAUGAUUACAUUAUCAAGGCUCUCGAUAAACUAACUGUUGAUCAAGGAAUGCCCCCUUCCUCAGAAUCUUGGGUUACAAGCAACAUUGUAGAACCAGCCAUGCAGUCUUGUGGUAUAGAUGAACAUAGAAAGCCUGUGUCUCAAGAUACAUACCUGGUGGAGUUUAAGAAAGUGGCAGAGUGUGUGGCUCAACAUUUAAAAGAGCAGCCUGUGAUUGUUGCGCAUAGUGAAAACACUUUCAAUGGAAGUGCCAUCAAGAGACUCUUAUCCAAUAAGUUUGAAUUAGAAAAGACAAUGAAUGCAGCUCUAGAGAAUGUGCCAAAAGAUGGUAGAGGAAAAUUGUCUAAGGACUAUUUACGUGUAGCACUGGAUACAUUGGCUCCAUCAGCUGGUUUACCUCCAUUGGGUGCUGUUGAUCAGAUAGACAAGGUCGUCGGUGAUGUUUUUAAAAUGGUGAAUGCUGAUGAUGGGAAGAUAGUAAAGGAAGAGGAGUUCAAGAAGAUUCUGACUGAAAUUCUAGGAAGUAUUAUGCUGCAAAUAGAGGAGAAUCCCAUCUCAAUAUCUACAAAUUCGGUUGUGCAUGAGCCCUUUGCUACUUCUUCAUCUACACUUUUGCAGCCAUCUUUCUAAUUGCACAUCAUGGGCUUAACUAUAAAUAAUACAUAUGUGAAGGGAAACAAAUUAAAAUAAAAAAGGAGAAUAAUUUUUUAAAUGUUAAGGAAAAUUAUUGCAAGCUUAAGUUGUGUAAUAUAUAUUGCUGUGGUUACGAGAUUUGAUGCUUGAGAUAUGCAAAUACACACUAAUUGUGAUGCUCGAGGUAGACUUAACUCUACAUGUGAUAUUCAUAUCUUUACUGAUAUUCAAGAGAAGAGAUGGAAUUAAAAGUGAAUUCAAUCUGAGUUAAACUGAAUUUAGGGUUGGUUUAAGU